UCCUCUCUCAAUGGUUUCUAUAUAAACUGCUCACAAAUCAUCCAUCCUUCACCUCCAGCAAUCAUUCACUCUUAGACAAACAUGUCUUCUUCUUCUUGUUCUUGUUCUCCAUGGGGUCUAUCUACCUUGUUCUUAGCCUUUCUUAUGGUAGCCUCUGUGAUGGUUGGUGCCUAUGGUGGCAACUUCUACCAAGACUUCGACAUCACUUGGGGCGACGGCCGUGCUAAAAUCCUUAACAAUGGCCAUCUCCUCACGCUGUCACUGGACAAGGUCUCAGGAUCUGGGUUCCAAUCCAAGAACCAAUACCUCUUUGGGAAGAUUGACAUGCAGAUCAAGCUGGUUCCUGGAAACUCGGCUGGCACUGUCACUGCCUAUUAUCUGUCGUCGCAAGGGCCGGAUCAUGACGAGAUCGAUUUCGAGUUCCUUGGUAACCUCAGUGGAGACCCUUACAUCCUCCAUACCAAUGUGUUCACCCAAGGGAAAGGGAACAGGGAGCAGCAAUUCUACCUCUGGUUUGAUCCUACCAAGGACUUCCACACCUACUCCAUCUUAUGGAAUCCACUGCAUGUCAUCUUCUUGGUUGAUGGCAUUCCUAUUAGAGAUUUCAAGAACAAGGAGGCGAUCGGAGUGCCGUUCCCUAAGAACCAGCCCAUGAGGCUGUACUCGAGCCUUUGGGACGCCGAGGACUGGGCUACGAGAGGCGGCCUCGUCAAGACCGACUGGACUAAGGCGCCGUUCACGGCGUCCUUCAGGAAUUUUCAGGCGAGCGCAUGCAUUUGGUCGUCGGGAAAGUCUAGCUGUGGCCGGAGAAGAGCCGGCUCUGCUUCUACCGCCGGCGACGGUUGGUUCGACCAAGAACUGGACGCAGCAAGCCAGAGGAGGCUGAGAUGGGUGCAGAAGAACUACAUGGUCUACAACUACUGCACUGAUGUGAAGCGCUUUCCUCAGGGCCUGCCACCCGAGUGUCUGCACUCCUAGUUCCUCUCUUUCCUAGUUGCUCCCUUGGGCCGGGCUAUCUUAAGAGCUUACUUCCAAAUUUAUACUCGUAAAAAAAAAAAAAAAGGGAUUGUACACUGUUUUUGAUCAUGAUAUUGGUGAAUUGGCUCAUUUCUGAUGUAAUAAAGAUCAUGCAUACGAAUGUUUCAUUAUUUUUUAUUUCAUGGUCUCCUUUAUAUUUUUUGAAGUUUAA